UUCUAAGCAAAAUAACAGAGUUUAUAGCCUCUUCCGUCUUCUAGCUGUUGACUUUCUAACCGACGAGAAUACUUUCGCAAGCUUCGGUCUCCAAUAGUUGCGCGAUAGUGGAUGCAUCUCCAACGACUGCUGGGAGGAUAUGCAAUCCCGUAAGACGAAAUGAAAUCUAGAUUUCUUAGAAUUCUGGGAGGAUUCAUCACAUAGCGAGUUAGAGGUAGGAGUUGAUGAACCUUUGGAAAAAAGUACUACAAAUUGAGACUGCCGGCUCAUUAAGUCCACAUAAAUUUGUGCUGUCGAAAGUGGAAGGAUUGCUGUUGUUGCUCAAACAGGAAUGGCAGGAAUUACUCCCGAAGAUAGAGAAUGUUAAUGAAGGUGAUAGACAGGCUUCGGGCUGGGAGCAGACACAGAGAUAUUGCCCCGUCGCAAGGAAUUUUCGUAGGCGCGUUCAGGUCUACUUUCGAAAACAACGCAUCACAUUGCAACGUGCAGCGCGGCUCGGGCGACGCGACAGGGAAUUGUUCCGUGUCGUAUCGUCAAUACUUGCCGGCGGCGCCGAGGAGCAUUGGAAAACUGGAAUCCAAACCAUUGGGAAGAUUAUCCGUCGCACGCCCAAUUAUAAUAUAGAAGAGAUCAUAAGCUGCCUUAUGGUAGCAGACUCUAUGCGACGCUUAGGAGAAGAAAAGAAAAACAAGGAAACUAAGCUGUCAUUCGUGUCGGCAACGCAGUACGUUUCCUGCCAAUUCCUCCGUCACAGAUGCUCUAUAUACGCCUGGUUCUUUAACGAUUUCGGGGUCUGGAGGCGGCUUAUCCCUGCAGAGACGGCGCCCUUGUUCGACAGGACUUCCCAUUUAAUCUGGACCGACGAGAUCAACGACAUAGAAUAUAUAUCUCCUUGUAACUUUUAGGAAGAUGAUGAGAUUCUGUCUUAUCUUUACGAAUCCAUGUCGAGCCUAACCUCUGACACUGUCGAUCUCGCUAUGAUCGAAGGGUGCGAAUUUGGUGUACCAGAUAAUGCGUACACUUUUCGACAUAUCCAUCAACAAUUUGGCAGUGAACCGGUAUCUCAUGAACCCCUCGGGUAUCGCUGGACACAUUUGAAAUGCGAGGAAAGGCCUGAUCGUAUCAGGAAGCUUAGACCACCAAAUCAAAUUGAUAAACUUGAUGUCGCCAAAGUAUCAAUUACGAAGAAUGAUUUGGUUCUACGAGUGGCAUGCGCCGCAGUUUUCACAGUCAUCUUUAUCUUCUUUUGCCGUAAGUGCCUCUUAAUUUGGAAUUUAGCAUGUCGACGUUAAUUUUGAUUGUCCUUAGUACUUCAAAUCACCGAGGAA